AUGUCUACUGAUGUACCUCUUGAAGGUGUUCAGGUAUUUGAUCAAAUAGACUUGGAAAAGGAUAUCACAAAUAGAGCAAACAAGCUAUUGAUAAUAAAAGAUGUGGAGCAAGAUGAGAAGAGGUUGGAAAAAGCAACCAAAGACUUGAAUACUACCAUCAAACAUAUGAACCAACUAACCUCACGGCUAUCGCAUUCACGAACAAAGAUUAGUGAGAAAGGGUAUCUCAAGGAGCAGAUCAAAUGGCUUGAGGAGAAUGAGUUUAGUCCAAGACAAAAGGAUCUUGAGGAGAUUAAAGCGCGUUUGGAACUGAAUAAAAACGCGUUGAGUGAGCUGCAUCAGCAACAGGAGCAAACACAAGAACUGCGAAAUCUGGAUGGCAAAUCUGUUGUAGAUGGAGGCGGUCGUAUGCCAGAUGAGACGGAGCGCGAAUACCUUAUCAGGAUUGGAAAGAUUACAGCAUUUGGUAACGAAAACACGUUUGAGCUGGUGGAUGAUGGCAAUGAGAAGCAACAAAGUCACGUCUUUUUAAGAAAGCCAGGAUUCGACAAUGAUAUUGAAAAACUAGACUUUGGGGUUUCUAGUAACGUUGGUGUCAGCGAAAGCGAAAAUGAGGAUAUCAAGAAAGAAGUGGUGGUUAAUGAAGAAAAAGGAGAAAGAGGACAAAAGUCAAAGGAUGAGGAUGACUUAGAUUACCUUCAAGAUGAUGAAGAAGAAGAAGAAGAAGAAGAAGAAGAAAUAAUUGAGGAAGAGAAUGAAGAAAAGGAACUAAGAAAUAUUGAUGAUGGAAAUGAGGCUCGAUAUCAGAAACGGCUAGCGGAGUGGGUAAAAAAACGGUCGAGCUUGCGAAGGUCUGGUGAGCAUUCCGAUGUGGAUUCCAGUGAGCCUGAAUGGCGGAAACCACAUCCUUCAAUCGCUGAUGCAAAAUUAAACGACACAUUUAAACUCCCAGGAGAUAUAUAUCCUUCAUUGUUUGACUACCAAAAGACCUGCGUCCAGUGGUUGUGGGAGUUGUAUCUGCAGAAAACUGGUGGAAUCAUCGGUGAUGAGAUGGGACUCGGAAAGACCAUCCAGAUAAUCUCAUUUAUAGCUGGGUUGCAUUACUCGGGCUUAUUGGAAAAGCCUGUGCUUGUUGUUGUACCAGCUACUGUUUUAAAUCAAUGGGUGAAUGAGUUUCAUCGUUGGUGGCCACCGUUGAGGUGUGUGAUUUUACACAGUAUCGGGUCGGGAAUGUCCAAAGAUAAGAAGAUUAGCGAAGAGAAAUUAGAGGAGUUUAUGGAGGAUUGGGAUCCCAAAACAUCAAAAUCAUCAUUAAAAGGGAUUAAAUCACAGAUUAACGCAAGGGAGAUUUUAGAUAAAGUACAGGAAAAGGGACACGUCCUAGUCACAACUUAUGUUGGGUUACGAAUGUACUCAAAGUACAUAUUGCCUAGACAAUGGGGAUAUUGCAUACUUGACGAGGGUCACAAGAUCAGAAACCCUGAUUCAGAUAUUUCAUUGACAUGUAAACAAAUCAAGACAGUCAAUCGAGUCAUUUUGUCGGGUACCCCAAUACAAAAUAACCUAACAGAGCUUUGGUCAUUGUUUGACUUUGUUUUUCCUGGUCGACUAGGUACUUUGCCCGUGUUUGAGCAGCAAUUCUCGGUACCCAUCAAGAUUGGUGGGUAUGCAAACUCAAACAAUUUGCAGGUUAAAACGGCGUACAAAUGUGCGGUUGUGUUGAGAGACUUGAUAUCGCCAUACUUGUUGAGACGACUCAAAAAAGACGUGGCGCAGGAUUUGCCUAAAAAGAAUGAGAUGGUGUUGUUUGUGAGAUUGACAAAAGAACAGCAAGAGCUUUAUGAAAAAUUUCUUGAUAGCGAAGAGAUGGACUCUAUAGUGAAGGGAAAGAGGAACGUAUUGGUAGGGGUAGACACGUUGCGAAAGAUUUGCAAUCACCCGGAUUUAAUUUAUCGUGAAGCUUUAAUGCACAGAGCAAACUAUGGAGAUCCAUCAAAGUCUGGUAAGAUGCAAGUGUUGAAAAACCUUUUGCAGUUGUGGCAGAGCGAAGAUCACAAGACAUUACUAUUUUGUCAAACAAGACAGAUGUUGGACAUUUUGGAAAAGUUUGUUGCCAACUUGCACCUUUUGGGUGAUGAAUCCAAGAAGUUCAAUUACUUACGAAUGGAUGGCAACACACCAAUCUCGAGGCGACAGCAGUUGGUGGAUACUUUUAAUAAUUCCCCUGACUUGCAUGUCUUUUUGUUGACCACAAAAGUGGGUGGAUUAGGUGUCAAUCUUACUGGUGCUGAUCGAGUGAUUAUUUAUGACCCAGAUUGGAACCCAUCAACGGAUAUCCAGGCUAGAGAAAGAGCGUGGCGAUUGGGCCAGAAAAAAGAUAUAACAAUCUACCGAUUAAUGACAACCGGUUCCAUUGAGGAGAAGAUCUAUCAUCGACAAAUCUUCAAGACUUUUUUGCAGAAUAAAAUCCAUAAGGAUCCAAAACAACGACGACUUUUUAAGAACAGCGAUUUGCACGAUUUGUUUUCUUUGGGUGAUCAAACGGAGCAAGGUACUGAAACCGGUGAUAUGUUUAAUGCAGCAACUGAGGAAAAGUAUGGUGGAUCCAAGAUUCGGAAAUCAACAUCUUUAGUGAAGAAGAAAUAUAAAAACGAUGACGAUUUUUAUCAAGUUGCAAAAAUCACUGGAGUAUCCAAACUUGACAAAUUUGCUGACGGUGAAGAUGAGGAUCAAGCGAACAACAAGGGCCAUAGUGUUACUGGUGGAGGUAGACGCAGUGCUCGUGCUCUUCGUGAUAAUGAUAAUGGUAGUAAUAAUAAUAAUAAUGAUGAUGAUGAUGACAGCAGGUUUAUUAAAGGAAUCUUUUCACAAAGUGGGGUUCAUAGUACCAUUAAGCACGAUGAUAUAGUGAACUCCAACGACCACGAAGUUAGUAUUGUUGAACAAGAAGCAAACAAGUAUGCAAGCCAAGCUGUAGCAGCUUUGAAGGAGUCUAGACAAAAUGCUAGAAAGACAAAGAUUGGUACACCAACAUGGACAGGACGAUUUGGUAGUGCUGGAAAAUUGCAGGGAUCGCCCUUUGGCGGUGUAAAGAAAAGGAAAAUCAACGGUCGGCAGUCGUCAGCAUCGGCAACACCACCACAACCACAACCACAACCACCACCAUCAUCAUCAUCAUCAGCCACUAUUCUUGAAAACUUGAGAAAAGUGAAUGGUUUAAAGCAGAAAGGUCAUAACGAUAAGGAAAGUUUGAAUCGACAGAAGAUGGUGGAGAAGUUAAUCACUUAUUUGGGGAACCAAGAAGAACAUUUUAGCACGUCAAAUGCAAUUAUCAAAGGCAACAAUCUCAAGUUGGUUUCAGAUGACGAUAUGAUUUUGAUCAGAUCGAUGUUGAGGGAAAUCGCUGAUUGGGAUGGUGUGAAAAAAGGUUGGAAGUUGAAAGAACAGUUUGUAAAUGUAUAA